GGCAACACAAAAAAGACUAGCAAAAUGGAUGCUUCCGAUGCAAAUCAAAGUGUGGAACAUGAAAGAAAGGUGUAUAGAGCUGCCACCAAAGGGAACUGGAGAAUCAUAGACAAGUCCUUCAAGGAAGAGCCAAAUUACCAAAAUGCCCCUAUUUCGCCAUCAGGGGCGACAAUUCUUCACCUAGUUGCACAAUGCGAUCAAGCGAAAACUCUUGUAAAGGUCCUCGAGGUGGCCACAGAGGAUGCACUGAGCUCCAAAAAUGACCAUGGGAACACUAUCCUCCACGAGGCAGCGAUAGUAGGGAGCAUAGAGAUGGCGAAAGCAGUGUGCAGGAAGAAGCAAUGCUUGGUCACAGCUCGUAACCACUGCGGGGAGACCCCAGUCUUUCUCGCCGCUAUCCAUGGUCGUAAGGAUGUGUUUUGGUAUCUUGCAGUGGAAUUGCAGAUGUUAGGCCAAAUGAGUGACGGUUGUUUGAGAAGGAAUGAUGGUGCCACCAUCCUUCAUGCUGCUAUGCUUGGAGAAUUCUAUGAUUUGGCAUUGGAGAUAAUAGAGGUGUAUCCAACUCUUGGUUUUGCAAGAGAUGAGAAGGGGGUCUGGCCUUUGCACAUCUUGGCCAUGUCUCCAAAGUCAUUCAAGAGUGGGACAAUUUAUUAUCCUACAAAUGUUGGGGUAUCCCCUUCAGUUUUGAUGGAAACCAUUGGAAAGGUCAUCUAUUCGAUUAUGCCAGUCUUCGGAUUUGAAAGAAGGCAAGUAAAUGUUGGAGAGGAUAUAGAGGAGGCUUCCACACCUACACCCGAACAGCGUCAUGCAUAUCAUCAACCAGCCAUUUUCCCUUUACAAAGAUGCACAGAUGGUUUGAAGUCAGGAAUUGGAUCCAUAUAUCAAGGAUGCCCAUGGAUCGGACGAGUUUACAGGACAAAGCAAAAGCAUGAAUGGACAAAAGAACUUGUAAGGGUCAUGGUGGAAAGAGACUCGAAGUACAGCUAUGAACAUGAUGGAAAAAAUCCACAAAAGAAACAUAAAUCAAGUUAUGUUCAUCUCGGUGUCGAAUCGACAGAGAAUGGGAUUGAAAGUCCCCUGAUUUUGGCUGUGAAACAAGAUAUAGUUGAGGCUGUGAAAGAAAUUCUGAAAGUUUUCCCGGAGGCCGUAGGGUUCUUAGAUAAAGAUGGAAAGAAUAUAUUGCUGUUGGCUGCAGAGUACAGAGCAGAGAAAGUAUUCAAAAUUUUGAGAUCAAUGGGAAGAGUCACAACAAACAUGGUCUUGGGAAUUGACAAGGAAGGGAACUCUGUUCUUCAUCUUGCAGCUAAGCUUCAAUCCUAUCGACCUCCACAUAUACGUGGGAGCUCUCAACAUAUGCAAUGGGAAAUACUUUGGUACAAGAUUGUGAAGCACGUUUGCCCCCCUUGCAUAAUCCCACAUAAGAACUUGGAAGGGCAAACAGCUCGAGAGUUGUUCACAGUUACUCAUAAUGGGCUCUUGAAAGAAGGUGAGCAAUGGCUGAAAGAAGGGGCAAAAUCAUGCAUGAUUGUGUCCACCCUCAUUGCCACCAUUUUGUAUGCGACAUGCUUCGCAGUGCCUGGAGGCAACCAACCCAAUGGCCUACCUAACUUCUUACAUAACAGUAGUUUCAGAAUCUACAUGGACUACUUAGAGUGGUCCCUCUUUGCCUCCUCAUUAUCCUUAGCAUUUUUCACCUCAAUCUUGACCACAAGAUAUGAGGAAGAAGACUUCUAUUUUAUGCUGCCUAUGAAAUACAUUGUUGCUGCCACCUGCCUCUUUUUAUCAACAAUAGGUGGUGUUGCCAUCUUUUCUUAUGCCUAUAUUCUCCAAACUGAUGGGAUAUUCACUUCUUCACAUGUGGUUGGCAAGAUAUCCUUCUUCAUUUCAAUGACUUCCCAAAUUUUUGUGUACAUUGAUUCCUUAAUAUCCACAAUUAUGUAUUGUGUGCUUAUUUUGUUUGAAGAAUUGGGUAAGAGGAUAAGGUUUUAGCAAGUUAGUGGCUUGAUGAGGAACUUUGUUGAGUGGAUAGAAAGGGUUUUUUUUUUUGGUUCUUGGUUUUUUCUAGUUAGAAUUUCUCUAGAAAACACUUGAUUCCAUAUAAGGUUUGGGUUGUAUGUGUGGAUUUUACAUGUUAUAUUAAAUGUGUGA